AUGACCCCUGCUAAUGUGCACCUGUACUACGAGAAAGCAUGGCUUCAGAUUCAAACUUUUGCUGGACAAGCCAUUAUGGAGACUGUGCAAGAGUUUGUGGGACAGACCAUUACCAGCAUUGCUCUGGAUACUGCCAUUGUUCAUGUGGCUGAUGCACCGUUUUGGAGACAUGUGGCCAAGCAUGCUUCAAAGAAUACAACUGCCGACACACAAGAUGUCUGUCCCACUUGUCACUUGAGCAAGCUGAUUGCUGCCCAUACGAAAUUUCACCGUAACACUAUGGAUGCCGAAACCUUUCGGGGUUUGUCCAGUGUCCAAGCCAUGCCUUGUAUCAGCCCCGACUGUGCCCUGGAACUGUGUCAAAUGGAUGAUCAGUUCCAGCCUUCAGCUGCUUGA